CCAUGAUUGAAGAAGCGCACACUAACGAGCCUAUACUUCGGAAAGCGAGCUUCCACCCGCAGAAACAUCGAGAUUUUUGUCUGUGCAAUUCCCGAGCCCACGUGGAUAUUAGGCUACACCUCGAAGUCUUAGAAGUGAAAGAAACAAAGAUGGGAUAUUGUACUCCGCGAGAAAAAGAGGAAGAAAGAGAGGGAGGAAGGAGGGGAUGAGUGUCGGGUGAUUCCCUCCCAUCGCUAAAUCCAGGGGACGAUGACACUUCCUUCAUAACCCCACUCUUCUCGGGCCUCACGCAGAUGGCCAAAGCGCCGUGGGCACUGAAGUCUCCAAACCCCAGGAGUUCUACAUUGAACUGCGCCAAACCCUGUUGUGUUAGUUAUUUUAAGUAGAUUAAUAACAUAGCAGAUAUUAUUUUCUGUCAACACACAUUUCUUUGAUUCUCUUGGAUACCCUCUUGUGCAAACUCAUUUAUACUUUAUGUGCAUGUUACCGGGACACACUGUAUAUCCCCAGACGGCGUGGAUGAUGCCAUGCCCCGCAACCAUAGUGGCGAUGAGGCCGGUACUGGGCUCUGGAUGAAAACCUCUCCAGGGCGUCGGGCUCAUGACUACGGAUUGAAAGAUGUGGAGUCGGGUCGGAGGAUGACGAACAACACGGUUCAAGUCGGGUACGGGAUGCUUUCGCCGGGCAAUGCAGGUGCAGGCAGCGCAGAAAUACGGAAGGGCGCCCGGUUAAGUUUGCUCGGGAAGCCGCUCAUCUACAGCGCCCAGAGCGGGCGCAGAAACGCGCGCUACCGGCGUCUCCAGAAUUACCUCUACAAUGUGCUGGAAAGACCUCGUGCUUGGGCUUUCAUCUACCACGCAUUCGUGUUCAUCUUGGUGUUUGGCUGUCUGGUUCUGUCAGUGUUCUCCACAAUCCCUACGCAUCAGGAACUGUCCAACCACUGUCUCUUCAUCCUGGAGUUUGUGAUGAUCGUGGUGUUUGGCCUUGAGUACAUAUUUAGGAUUUGGUCUGCCGGCUGCUGCUGUCGCUACCGAGGAUGGCAAGGACGUCUACGGUUCGCCAGGAAGCCCUUCUGUGUCAUAGACAUCAUUGUCCUCAUAGCUUCCAUUGCUGUGGUGUCAGCGGGUAGUCAAGGCAACAUAUUUGCAACCUCUGCGUUGCGGAGCCUUCGCUUUCUGCAGAUCUUGCGUAUGGUGCGCAUGGACCGCAGAGGAGGUACAUGGAAACUACUGGGAUCUGUAGUCUAUGCGCACAGUAAGGAAUUGGUAACUGCUUGGUACAUUGGUUUUCUGGUACUCAUCUUCUCUUCAUUCUUGGUGUACCUUGUGGAGAAGGAUUUCAACAAAGACUUUGCUACCUAUGCCGAUGCUCUGUGGUGGGGCACAAUCACGCUAACAACCAUCGGCUACGGAGACAAGACACCUCGGACGUGGACCGGUCGAUUGAUCGCCGCCGGCUUCGCUCUGAUGGGGAUCUCCUUCUUCGCACUGCCUGCUGGUAUCCUGGGCUCAGGUUUUGCCCUGAAGGUCCAGGAGCAACAUAGACAGAAACACUUUGAGAAGAGAAGGAACCCAGCAGCCAGUCUCAUCCAGUGUGUCUGGCGUAGCUAUGCUGCUGAUGAGAACUCGGUUUCCAUAGCUACCUGGAAGCCUCAUUUGAAGGCGUUGCAUACCUGCAGUCCUGCAAAGAAAGAACACAGCGAGAUGACAAGCAGUACCAAGUUGAGCUUUAAGGAGCGUGUACGGAUGGCGAGCCCCCGCGGCCAGAGCAUGAAGGGCCGCCAGAUGCCAGUCAACAACGAUCGCCGCUGCUCCCCUGGCAACGAUGAAACGGGCAGCAGUCCUGUCAAGGUGCAGAAGAGCUGGAGCUUCAAUGACCGCACACGCUUUAGACCCUCCCUACGCCUUAAAAGCCAAUCACGCGCUGUGCCGUCUGAGGUGGAUUCAGGGAUGGGAAAUGAUGACACGCUCGAUGACCGAAGCUGCCACUGUGAUGUCACCGUGGAGGAUCUAUCAGCUCCACUGAAGGCCGUCAUUAGAGCCGUCAGGAUCAUGAAGUUUCAUGUUGCUAAGAAGAAGUUCAAGGAGACUCUACGUCCGUACGAUGUGAAAGAUGUGAUCGAGCAGUACUCUGCAGGACAUCUGGAUAUGCUCUGCAGAAUUAAGAGUCUACAGACUAGGCUGGACACCAUAGUGGGUCCUUCUCAGCUCCCUCUGAAUCCCAGAGCCAAGACCUUUUCCUCCCCCUCCCUGCACUUAUAUUACAGCCAAGCCAGGAGGAAGUCCAUGCCAGGGACCAAGUCUGUCCCAGGACUGGCCUCUGGAUUGGGCCCCAGCCUGAGCAGCAAACCCAGAAACAAGUCCUCCCCCUCCCUGCACUUAUAUUACAGCCAGGCCAGGAGGAAGUCCGCCCCAGGGAUGAAGCCUGUCCCAGGGGUGGAUCAGAUACUGGGUAAGGGCCAGAUCCCCAUGGACAAGAAGAUCCGGGAAAAGCUUCACACUGACGGGGAAGGUCUGGGGGACCUGAGCAUGCUGGGACGCGUUUGUAAGGUGGAGAGACAGGUGACGUCCAUAGAGUCAAAGCUGGACUCUCUGCUGGACGUUUACAGGCAGGUGCUUCUAAAGGGCUCGCCAGCCCUGACCCUCUCCUCCCUGCCCCUGUUCGAGCAGACCUCCAACUAUGAGAGCACCGUCCACAGUAAGGACCUGUCCUCUGGCUCCCACCAGGUAGGGGAGGGCAGAAGUGGGCCUCAAGGUGGAGGCGGUGGUGGAACGUGUCGAUCAAGCAUGGGCAACCAUCUUCCGGAAGACCUACAGCUCAUCCUGGCCCCCAGCUCGCUCACUCAGAACAACAGCCCCCCCUCCUACCCAGCCUCAACCACAUCUCUUACCCCCUCGCCCCUCCUACCCCCUGAUAGUCCCGACCCACUACGCGAUAUGCCCAGUAGUCUCCUUGGGCGAGUUGACUUCCAUGGCCUCACGCCCCCUCCACCGUCCUCUAGCAGCGCUAGCCUCCAUCUGUUUCCUAAGGACCCCCGCCACAAACGCCCGCCCAACCCCGGCCGUGAUUCUCCUAAAAGCAGAUGGGUUGGAGAGAGCUCCAUGCCUUCUGGGACGCUGGGCUCCGGGGUGGACGAUAGAGAGUUGGGGGGACCUGCCUGGGGCGAGGUUCAGCUGAGGGGGAAGCCCAGCUUAAGGGAGGAGGGUCCCUGGAGACGGCACAUGAGCCUGGAGGUGGACCCAGGGCUCCUGCUCACCUGCGCAUGUGAAGGGAAGGUGUUAGAGCCGGGCCAAGGGCUUGGGAAGUCCCGCUCAGCGCACAACCUCGCCCAGACAUCUGCGGACAACAAACCCCACAAUCAGUCCUCUAUGUUUGGCAACAGUAGUUGUUCCUGUGACGGCUCCCACGGUGACCCCAAUGCUAGCAACUGGGGCGAGACAGACCUUUUCAUCACCAGUCGUGACAUGGAGUCGGUGGUAGACCAGUUUGAUUUCCUGUCCCAGCGAGGUGACUUCCACUCCCAUCUCAUGGAGGACAGUACAAGCUGCUUGGAAGUCCUGCAGACUGUGGAUAGGGGGUCUCCAAAAAGCCUGACCGCAUGUCACAGCCCUGUAGGAGGCAGCGCAGGGUCCCUAAACCAGCCACUCCAUAAGUCUUCCAUAGAGUUCAUAAAAUAACCCCCUCAACCGACAGAGACACGACCAGUAAGACCAUCCAGCAUAGACAACUCACUGGCAAAUAUCAAAUAAAAUUGAAAGUGUUGAUUGUAAGUUUGUUGGGGGUCCUCACUCCUUUCAAUGUUUGAGAUGUUAUUCAAAUGCCUCAGACUGCCUUUAUGGUCCUUCACGUAUCAUUGCAUGGACUAUUUUCUGAAACAGAAGCAAACAGAGAAACCUACGUAAGUAAGGUAGAUGGGGGUGGGAGGUUGAACCAAUAGUAGCAUGGUCAGAUAGUGGUACUGUUUGCGCUCAGCUGUGCAUGAAUGCUGCAUGUCUAAAUUGCACAUCGGUGUCGAGAGCAUUCGAGUCCCCGUGUCCCUUCGGUAGCCCUGGAAACACAAUCAUGAUGACAUAGCCCAACCUCAUGAGAUCCACAUCUCACCUGUUAACCCGUUGACUUGCAUGUUCCGGUAAUGGAUACUCCAAACCCCAGGGAGGCCAUUUGAACAAAUAAAUAUUAGCUAAAUGUUCUUAACAAGCUCACAAAUAUAGAUAAUAUAUAAUAAAAUAACGAAUUGAUAAAUAAUCGUAACAGAAUCUCAUUGAAGUUAAGUUGUCAGUCCUUUGCCUAAAAGAGAAACAGCAGAUAUGGCUGUAAAAUUGUAGCUGGUGAAACAUUAGGCUGUGGUACAUUAGGUCACCAUGGCCACUACGGAGCACAGGGUUCUCUGACCAAUUACAGCUCAGAUACCCAUGUACUGUAGGCAAAAUGACAGUGAACACUUCAAACGAAAACCAAUUGCACUUCACAGUGAGUGAAAUGUAGUCUAUGACAGGUAGGAGACACCUCUACAAAGGGGUAGCCAGGCAACAUAUGGUCACGUAGCUAUAAUGAUCAGGACUGAUAUGAGACGAGAUCAGAGCAGUUAGGUUACAUACACCGACAGAGCGGUCCACUGUGUAGGCCUCUGAAAGAUGUAUGUGAACCCGCCAUUCAUUGGAGCACACAGGGUCCUUUGGUCUUGAGAAGGGUUCUUAUGUGUGUUGUCCAACAUGUCAUCGCUGAUGAUACUGUCCACAGAGAUACACAGAGACGUCAUGAAGAAGCCAUGUUGGAAGUCAGAUCGCAAAUAUUGUUACAAGCCUGUUGUCAAAGAGCUUAAUCUCUGAAUGUGAUGUUAAUGGGUUGUUUGCAUGGUCCUCUGCUUAUCAGGCAGCAGGACUGUUUGACUGCAACUCAACCCGAGCAAAGAAGACUGCUAUUGAAUGACAUUACUGUAUGCAUAAAAGUGUGUCAGACAUUUUAUUUUGUUGCCUAUGUUGCCUUUUUUUUCUUGAAGGACAGAGACAGAAUGAACAAUAUAUUCUGUUUAGAUGAAGAUGAUAGCUUCCAUUUUUGUUAAAAAAUUUUUUUUGCAUUGGCUUAACUGAAUAACAGUGAUAGUAUAAUGUAACGUAUAUAAUUUCUGUCUAUAUGUUACUAGCAAAAUCAAUAGCUGUGUGUUAAAAUUGGAUUUGGAUGAGAAUGGCCUCAGUAUUUGAUCAGAUCUAAACUCAACUGAAAGCACAAUUGUUUGACUUUUGAAGAGUGUCGAGAUAUUGAAACCUACAUUAUGUGACUGGUGGAUUUAUGUUCUGUAAUUAUGUGUUCUUUCAGAUACUUAAACCC